AUGGCAGAGCACAGCGAUCUCCCCCUGAGCGUGAGGAAGACGGUGGACGCCAUGUGGGCGGAGCACGGCGAGUACAUCGCAGGGAAAGCAGGGUGCGAGGCUAUCCAUAUCGAGAGCGCGCGCAUGGCGCAUCCUGCGUUUCCUAUCUUCGGUUGCGCGUUGGCCACGACACCUGUUCUCUGCAACGGGGCCCGCGUCAAGUUGUGGGGUUCGUUCGACCACAUCGCGGCGAUGUGCUUCAACGUGAACCACUCCCAGACGAGGAAGUCCCGCUGGACGCAGAUGGCCGAGAAGCUGAUCAGGCCCGUGGACACUGCAGUGACCAUGCGGCUCGAGAUGAUUUGGAAGCUCAAGGCGCCGGCAGAGAAGGCGGAGAAGCCCGCCGAUGGGCCUGGCGAUGAAGCGGCAGGCGAGCAUCCACAGGCGGCGGCGGGCGAGCACACGUCGUACUCGGCGCUCCCUGGCGCGUGGUCCGCGGCGUACGCGGGCGGCACCGCUGAGCGUUGCAAGGAGAGGUGCGCGGGUGAUUUCGCACAGACGAAGUUCACCAAGAAGGGCGGCAAGUUCCCCGCGCUCUCUGCCGACGCUGUGAAGGAGAAGCUGCCUGGUGCCACGGAUGAAGAGAUCAAGAUGGCCGGCCGUUCUGGCAUGCAGGGUCGCCUGCACUUCGGCCAAGGCCUCAUCUUCGACGAGGCCUGCGACAUUUUGCAGGAACUGGCGCUCCUGGACAAGCCAGGCGCGAAGAAGACCGACGACGUGGCAUCGGGGCAAACGCCCAGCGCAGGGUGGGCGAACCGCCUCCUGCAGAGCGGGCGCUCUGAUCACGACACCAAGACGGUCGGCUGCCACGGCGGCGUUGACGCGCCGUCCGUCAACGCCGCCGCCAUUGCGAAUAUGCACCCAACUCCCGCCGUCGAGAUGCACAAGGGCCUGCGAGGCGACCAUGGGUGCCAAACUCGGGCUCGGCUGCUCUUCGCGACCGGGGGGCCCAUUCAACCACGUCCGGCGGUGGAUGCGGUAGGGGAUAUCGUUGCCAAGGUCGAGUAUUUCGAGAUCGCGGAGGUUCUGCAGGUGCACCUGGGCUUCGGAGACGCGCUCGAGAGCUUGGGGCGCGCCAUGAAGUACUUCGAGCCGAGCACGUCAAGCCUGGAGGAGGAGGGCCUGGAUGCGGCGAUCAUGGAGGCAGCGAAGCUCCCGUUCGUUCCAGACGAGCAGGGCAGGGAGCAUGAGCUACCUGACGGGGUGGCCACGCGCGUGCGCAUGGCCUGGAAGGGCGACAAGUACGUGCCUGAGUGGGCGCUCGCGGUCCGCGACGUCGACGUGCCCCAGAAACGCGACCUGCACGCGGCGGCGGGCAUGUUGGUGGCGGCGUUCAAGAAGGACCACUGCGACAUGGACUUCGACUCGAAGGCCAAGGGCGCGUUCUUGUCACACGCCGCGCGGUUCCAGAUCAAGGUCAAACAGAACCGCGACAAGAACAACAGCUCCGCUGCUGCCGAGUCUGGGGCAGCGCCGUGGAAGCUCGGAAUGCUUUCGGCGAUGAUCUUCCUCUGGGACAUGAUGUGGCGCGACGGCGAGGCGCGGGAUGGGGGAACUGGUCAGGCGGCCGAGGCGGCGGCGGUGCCGCUUCUGAUCGCGGUGGGGCAGGUUCACCGCGCAUGCGGCCUGCUCGAGCACUUCAACGCCGCGUCCGAGGGUUUCCGCGGCGACGGCGACGCCCCCGGGCCCGGGAAGGAGCAGCGGCGCGCGGACUUCAAUUUGGAGCCGCGCGCGCAGGAGUUCGCGUUUCUCGACAGCGACGCGGCCAGGCGCAUCUUGCUGAAGGGCGCCGCGGUGAGGGAUGGCCCCGACGACCAGUUCAAAG